GGGGACAGUUAUCAGCCUCAUGGUGCGUUACACAUUAACUCAUCUCACAGCACCGAAACUCCCCAGGACCAAACAAUAUCUUGGUGUCAAACAGGUGAUUGAGGGUAUCCAAGAUAAGAGGUGCAUCCCUAAAAACUUUUUAAAAAGUUAUUUCUAUUUAAACAUCAAUCUGCUUCUCUUUUUUAUUUGGAAAUGCAUAUUGCCUUUUAUGUUACAGUUAAUUAAAGAGUAAAAUGACAUUUGUCAAUGGCCCACGUGCAUCCCUUCUCACUUUUACAUGCGCACAUCAAAAAAGUUAGUGGAUUUUUGUUUUCUAUCCUUUACAAGAAAUCAAAUUAAUAAUAACAGGACACAUGAAGUGAUGCUAAGCCAACAGGGCGGCAGUAAAGAUAAGCCAUAAAAGCACAUAUUUAUGAUGGGGCAGGAUCAACUUUUCAUAAGUUUCAAUUGGGCCAGUCAAAGCGCCAUCAUGUGCAGUAAGUCACACUUCUUUUAUUGGUGGAGGGAUGUACAGGAGUGAGUCCACCUAAUAGUUGUUGGGGUCUGAGUGAAGGCUAUAAAUGUAGAAAGGUGAAAAUCAUUCAAUCUUGGUGGGUCGCAUGUGGACAAUUCCACAGCCUCACUCAUGACCUUUAUCCGUAAAAAGCCUCCAGUGUGAGCUUGUGUGCUUUAUCUAAAUGGUGUCGGCUUAGCAGACUAUCUGUGUGAGAGAGUCGGCUAUCAGGAAGCUAAUUCAUCAAGACACACAAACACACAAACCAUGUUGGGCAACCUCACACCUUUUUGUUAUUGGAUUUCCACUUCCUGAAUUAAGCCUGCUGUACAAAUACACUUUUGUCAUAUAUUAAUAGUUAACCUGCGCCUUUUGUUAUUAAAUAAGGUAAAUGUUAUUUGUACCAUCAUGCGGUACGAGCAUGAUUGUUUGUAAAGCUCCUGUAUUGGAUGGGAGUGUAGCUGAUGAAUGGGAGGACAAACAACAAAACAAAGCAAAAACUCAAAAAGUAAAAAAAAAAAAAAAAAAAGCAACACGAAAAGACAAAGUAAAAAAAAAAAAAGUAAACAGGAAAAAAGAAAAAAUAAGACACAAAGUAAAAACGAAGUGUGCGUGGCAACAAUGACCAUUGGACUCUGCGUGAUAAACACCUGUUCUGUUUCAGGGGCGUAAAAUGGGAGCAGAUAUGCGGUUUGUAUGUGUGGGGGGGGAGUGGGCGGAGAGAACCGACUGUAUAAAUCAACGUGUUAUCACACCACUUGUAACGCUUAGCAAAGCUUCUGACGCGACACACACCUCCAUCGCGUCCGAUGCUUUGAUUAGUGCUGUGGCGUGGAUACACUUCCUGACGACUUAACGGGACUGGGGGGGGCGCGGUCAUGGAUCCCAUUGUGGAAGUAGUCGCCCUGGUGCUGGGCUUCCUCGGCUGGGUGAUGGUGGGGGUCGCCCUGCCCAACCGUUACUGGAAGACGUCCACUGUGGACGGGAACGUCAUCACCACAUCCACCAUCUACGAAAACCUGUGGAUGUCCUGUGCCACUGACUCCACGGGCGUCCACAAUUGUCGGGAAUUCCCGUCUCUGCUGGCAUUAAAUGGCUACAUCCAGGCGUCACGGGCCUUGAUGAUCACAUCUGUUGUGAUGGGUACCUUUGGCCUGGUGGCGGCCCUUAUCGGCUUACAGUGCUCCAAGGCUGGGGGGGACAACUACGUCCUCAAGGGGAGGAUAGCUGGCACCGCUGGAGUCCUUUUCAUCCUUCAAGGCUUGUGCACAAUGGUGGCCGUGUCCUGGUACGCCUUCAACAUCACCCAGGAAUUCUUUGACCCAUUCUACCCUGGCACCAGGUACGAAAUAGGGGAGGGGCUUUACAUUGGCUGGUGCUCGGCCGUGCUCGCCAUUGCUGGGGGGGCGUGUCUGACGUGUUCCUGCAGGAUGGCCUCGCAAGAAAAGUACCCUUUGUCUCAUCAAACAAGAGGAACCCUGUAUUCUGGACCAGCCCGGACCAGAAGUGUGGUUGCCAGCACUUAUGGUCGAAAUGCGUACGUUUGAACCACAGCAGUGGUGCUGCCUCCUCUUUUUCUUUUUGUACCAAAUAGUGAAAGAAUAUGUUUUAUUUUGUAUAUUGUCAAAUAUUCAUAUGAAAUCUAUGACUCUUCGUGUACAGUAAAUGUGUUUUGUACAGUUGUUGUUUUUUUAAGUUGUUUUUUUUUUUUUUUUUACAA